UCAUGCACACAGAGGAGCUACAAGAUGGCGCAGGCAAUAUUUGAGGUUCUGGAAGGCAUGGACAAUCAGACGGUCCUUAAUGUUCAGUCGUUGUUAGACGGUCAGGGUGGAGUUUUGGACCCGGGCGCCCAGAAUGUCUCAGGAACGACCAUCCAGCCAAUGGACGAUGACGACGUCUUACUCUGCGGCAAAUGUAAGAAGCAGUUUAACUCUUUACCGGCGUUCAUGACCCACAAGCGUGAACAGUGUCAAUCCAACACGCCGUUGCUGGCCACCGUAUCUCUCGCCUCCAGCAACACCUACACCUCCAUCCCAUCCAUCAGCGCUGGACCACAGCUGCCCACGAACAGACAGGUGUCCACGUACAUCACCGUACCGCAGUCUCCUCUGACACACACGCUGGUCCAGGGGAACGUGUUGGUCAGUGAUGAAGUUCUGAUGUCGGCGAUAUCGGCCUUUAGCUCUCUGGAUCAGCCCAUGACAGCCAUGCAGGGAUCUGCACAGAGUAAUCUCAGCAUGCACGCAGGGACCUCGUACCUGCAGCACCAUCAGCAGCCCCUCCCACUCAACCAGGUUACGCCUCUUUCCUCACAGGUGCCCUCCAGCAACAGUAACUCCAUAGUGCAGGUGUACAGUACACUGCCCCCUAUGGCUGGAGGCGGCAUUGCAGAGGUGCCCGCUCUGGGCCUGCACUCAUUUCAGUCUGUACAGGUGCCCAGUCAAUGUGUGGACGGUCAGACGUUCAGCACAGCUCAAGUGUACAGUCCUGGAAAGCAGAGCACCAAAAACAAGACCUGUACCAUGGGCUCAAGCCUCUCUGAACUGGGAGAAUACAACAAAGUCGUUAUUCCAAAGAGAGCCAGAACCGCCAAGAAAACGCCGGAUGCAGGUCAAGCCAAAGGAAAAGCACAGAAGCUGAAGUGCACUUACUGUGACAAAGUGUUUACCAAGAACUUUGACCUUCAGCAGCACAUGCGCAGUCAUACGGGUGAAAAGCCUUUUCAGUGUAUCGUGUGCGGCCGUGCCUUCGCUCAGAAGUCAAAUGUGAAGAAGCACAUGCAGACGCACAAGGUUUGGCCGGCCGGGGUUCACAGCAGCGUCUCCAGGACACCCAUCACAGUGCAGGUGCUUCAGAUGAACAAUGACACCUCACAACAGAUGGAGGACGAGGGACAAGCAUCUGUAGAAGAGAGAAACGCUGAAGUCCAGGCGGAGAAGCAGGGAUCGGCGGAGGGGAAAAUGAAUCAGAACAGACAGAUUCUCUUGAUUGACAGCUCAUAUCAGUGUCAGUUCUGCUCGACUAAAUUCAGCUCCUACUUCCAGCUAAAGUCUCACAUGACCCAACACAAGAAUGAACAGGUUUACCGCUGUGUGGUGAGGAGCUGCUCGCAGACGUUUCAGAAGUUAGAUCCAUUUCUGGAGCACAUUCACACACAUCAGGAGCAGCUGACGUACCGCUGUCAUCAGUGUGGGAAAGUCUUUCCAUCGCUGUUUGAACUGGGAUUACACCAGUACUCCCACAGCUUCAGUCCACAGCAGAACCAGCGCAAAGAGACCAACUAUUACAGAUGUAUUAAGUGUCAGAGUAAAUAUUCCACACAAGAAGCUCUGGAGCAACAUCUGCUGAACGCCACUCACAACUACCCCUGUACUCACUGUCAGAAGGUGUUUCCCUGCGAGCGCUAUUUCCGCCGCCAUCUGGUCACUCACGGUGCUGGAGGGAAAUUUAAAUGUCACGUCUGUAAGAAGUUCUUCAAAACCGAGCACUACCUCAAACUCCACACGCAGAUCCACUCGGGAGAGAAACCGUUCAAAUGUUCGGUGUGUGAGGCCACGUUCAACAGAAAAGAUAAAGUCAAGAGACACAUGUUGAUUCACGAGCCCUUCAAGAAAUACAAAUGUCCCUUCAGGACUCACGUGGGCUGCACCAAAGAAUUCAACAGACCAGACAAACUGAAAGCUCAUAUUCUCUCUCAUUCAGGUAUUAAACCCUACAAGUGUCAGUUCUGUCAGAAGUCAUUCAGUCGCCGUGCACACAUGCUGGAACAUCAGCGCUCGCACACGGAUAACUACCGUUACCGCUGUUCCUCCUGUAACAAAGGCUUCACCCGCCAGAAGUACUACAGAGAUCACAAGUGUCCGCUGGCAGGAGCCGCGGAGGCGCAGGGACACGGCGACGACACCGAGGGAACAGCGGACGGAUCUCCUGCCGCAGAGCCUGAUGAACACGGAGAGAACACCGAGGAAGAGGAUGGAGAGAAGCAGAUGAGAGAGGAGGGCGGGGCCGGGCUGGAUUCUAUGCAGGAGGAGGGCGGAGCCAUGGGCCUGCUGUCGGAACCCAUGUGCUUUCAGACCGCGGACGGAUGAACAACACAUCGAGGACUGAUUUGCUGGCACGAAGAUGUUUAGUAUAAAAAGAUAUUGAAAAUGACAUACAGCUGAAGAUCUGUACGAGAUAUCUGUUAUUUAACAGAAUUGAAGGACGUCUUGUGUACGAAUCCUGAGUGGGUGGAGCUUCAUUACCAUCAGGCACCAAUAGAAACCUUGACGGUGCGGUCAGUGAUGUUUUCUGACAUUGUCAAAGGCUGAAUGAUCGUUUAUCCUUUAAUGUGUUUUAUAUUAAAACAUGAAAUUAUUUUCUGUUCUUUGCAUUUGAUGCAAUGACGUGAGAGAGUGUAACUGCAUCUUUUGGAUACGGCUUGAAAAUAAAUUGAAUUUCUUUUGUUUACUUCAA